CUCCUCCUCUCCAGCGGCUCCGAGAUACGUUACGUCGCAGCUUACCUCCUCGCUGUGUUGGGCGGCAAUGAUGACCCAGCUUCAAAGGACAUUAAGAAGAUUCUUGACGGCGUUGGGAUUGAAGCUGAUGAUGAGCGAUUGAAUAAGGCGAUCCGUGAGCUGAAAGGCAAGAAUGUGGGCGAUGUCAUCACCGUUGGCAAUGCCAAGCUUGCAAGUGUCCCGACUGGAGAUGCAGUUGCUGUGAAUAUUGCAGGUGCUGCUGCCCCGGCUGCAACUGAAGAAAAGAAAGAGGAAAAGAAGGAAAAGUCUGAAGAAUCAGAUGAUGACAUGAGCUUUGGUCUCUUUGAAUAAAUAGAAAACCAUCUA